CCUUGGAUACAAAUUCAGGGAGCAAUUUGACUUUUGUCCUUUCUUUUUUUUUUUGUGUUUUUCUUUUCCUUCUUUUAUGAGAUAGAUUUGACAUCGAAUUAUUUAUGCAGAGACUAGUCCAAACUAUCUUAAAAAUCUUUUAACAUUCUUUAAGAUUUGAAAGGCUUCAGAUUGUCUCUAAUAAUACGCAAGAGCCCACUUGUCUUCACAUUCAUCAUCUAUGCCAACUUCUAUUCAUUCUUUGUUCUGUUCUGUGUUCUAAAAAAUCUAACCUUCAGAAAACCACUCUAAAAUUCUAUUUCUAUUUUCACAUAAAUUUUCAAAACAUGGCUUCUGCUUCUAAGAAUCAUCAACUUCACAUCCUUCUCUUCCCUCUAAUGGCACAAGGACACAUGCUUCCACUUUUAGACAUAGCAAGACUCUUUUCAUCCAGAGGUGUCAAGAUCACCUUCAUCACUACACCCGGAAAUGCACCUCGCUUAAAACGAUCGUCCCAGACAACCCAAAUUAGCUUCAAGAUCAUUAAAUUCCCUUCCAAAGAAGCUGGACUACCUGAAGGUCUUGAAAAUCUUGAUUUGAUAUCUGAUCUACAGACACAUAUCAAAUUCUUUAAUGCGCUUUCUUUAUUUCAAGAACCUUUGGAACAAGUUUUACAGGAGUUGCAUCCACAUGGGAUAGUGUCAGAUGUAUUCUUUCCAUGGACCGCAGAUGCAGCAUUGAAGUAUGGCAUUCCAAGAUUAAUCUUUAAUGGUGCUAGUUUCUUUUACAUGUGUUGUUUGGCAAAUCUCGAAGAACAUCAGCCUCACAAGAAAGUAUCUUCUGAUACUGAGAUGUUUAGUUUGCCUGGGUUUCCUGAUCCUAUUAAAUUCUCAAGAUUGCAGCUUUCUGCUACCUUAAGAGAAGAGCAACCAAAUCUUUUUACAGAAUUUCUUGCAAGUGCUAAAGAAGCAGAGAAAAGAAGCUUUGGAAUGAUUUUUAAUAGUUUUUAUGACUUGGAAUCUGGUUAUGUUGAUUAUUACAGGAAUGUUUUAGGUAGAAGAGCUUGGCAUGUAGGGCCAGUUUCACUUUGCAAUAGAAAUAUCGAAGAAAAAUCUCAAAGAGGUAAAGAAGCAAGCAUUAGUGAAGACGAGUGUAUGAAAUGGCUUGAUUCAAAGAAACCCAAUUCAGUUCUUUAUGUGUGCUUUGGUACUGUUGCAAAGUUUUCUGAUUGUCAGUUACUUGAGAUUGCUUUAGGGCUUGAAGCUUCAGGGCAAAACUUUAUCUGGGUUGUGAGAAGUGAGAAGAAUGAAGAAGAGAAAUGGUUGCCUAAUGGGUAUGAGAAAAAGAUGGAAGGAAAAGGACUGAUUAUGAGAGGAUGGGCACCUCAAGUUCUGAUUCUUGAGCAUGAAGCAGUUGGUGGGUUUGUGACUCAUUGUGGGUGGAAUUCUACUUUGGAAGGUGUGAGUGCUGGUAUGCCAAUGGUAACAUGGCCUGUUUUUGCUGAUCAGUUUUUCAAUGAGAAAUUGAUUACUGAUGUUUUGAAAAUUGGAGUUGGUGUUGGUGCUCAAAAAUGGGUUGCAGUUGUAGGGGAUUAUGUGGAGAGUGGAAAGAUAGAGAAGGCAGUGAAGGAGGUAAUGGUAGGUGAGAAAGCAGUGGAAAUUAGAAGCAGAGCAAAGAAGAUUGGGGAAAUGGCUAGGAUGGCUACUGAAUUUGGGGGCUCAUCUUACAACGAUUUUGGUGCUUUAAUUGAAGAAUUGAAGUCCUAUCGGACUUGAGGUUUACCAUCAGGCUGGUAUUCUGUUGGGUUAAUCAGAAGCGUUGUGGAAAGGAGCAUUGGGCUUGUAAACAAUCACUAUGUUGUAUAUUAUGUAUUUGUAAUCAUACUAUCCUAAGUUGCAAUACAUCUGAAUUAUUAA